CGGUUGGAAGCGUUUCAGUAACGGGCCAGCCGUCCAACAGUCAGCAUCGAUAUUCGCGGAGAUCCUAGAUCGCAUCGUCGCAGCGGACAAUCUCACAAGAAAGCCGAUCGAAAAGGAAACUAGAUCAUCGGGGAAGCCAAAAACAGGCAGCAUGCGUAACAAGCUGCUUUUGCUUUGCACGAUCUUCGCCCUGCUCGUGGUUGCGGAUGUCCAAGCUGCACGGUUGAAAUGGAAAUCUCCUUCACGGACGUCGCAGACCUACAACUCGCAGACCCACAUCUCGCAGUCGCAGAGAUCGCAGACCUACAACCAAGGCCAAGGCGGAUACCCCAAACAGACUGGCUCGUAUCCCUCGUCCGCGAACAGCCACGUACUAGGUAAUGGUCCGGUAGGUCCAGGUUAUAACCCUGGUGGUCUAGGACAUUUACCCUAUGGAGGACACUCUCCCUAUGGUGGACAGCCGCACUACAAUAGUCCAUCUAUGGGUGGACACUACCCAAGUUUCGGACAACCAUCCUACGGGUCUGCGUUCGGUUCCAUGGGACCGUCGCCUCAGCAGACGAUCCUCCUCCAGCAGUCGUCGAAACCAGGCAUUGGGCAGUUAGCAAAGGAAGCGUUCGUUUACGCCGGAGUCAGCGCCGGUGUGAAUGCUGCGGUGAAUCGAUUGAUACCCGGAGGGAUCUAUGGCACUAGAGGAAGCAGCGCGGGGUCAUCCGGUGUUGUACCACCAGUUUCGCACACCGAAAUCACUUAUAACAAUUACUACAACAAUGGCACCGCUCCAGAAGCAGCAGCUCCUGCAGCCGCUCCUGUAGCCGCCCCUGGAGCUGCUCCCAUGGCUCAACCUGCAGCUCAAACUGCUGCCGACGCUCCACAGACUCAACAGAACAACCCUGGCACCAACAAUGCUCCACCCGCGAAUUCUAAUUCUCAGGAGUCCACCCAAAACAAUCCUAAUCCGCUGGGAUUCGUUACUUCGAACGAUGACCUCAAGAAGCUAACGGAGAGCUUGUACCAGAAAGAGAAGGACAACAAUGCUUUUUCGCAAAUAACUAUGAAGCAACAGGGACAGAAGAAUGACGAGACCACUUCGGACGAUGCAUCUGAACCCUUGUUGGAGGUGAAAGUCGAGGCCUACGAUCUUCCGACUGUGAAGGCAAUAUUACCUUUGCACGACAACUACGAGCUGGACGUUAGGGCAAAAGAGGUAGUCACCCCUGAGGAGCGUCGCAAAGAGGCAGAACUUCUUGACAAGAUCAUGGAGACCGAGGUCAUGAAGUCUACCAUGAAGUUUUUGGCUGAGAAAGGAUACAUUCCGGACGAUGAGUACGAGUUCAAGGACUCCAUGAAGCGCAUUUGGUUCUCUCAAUUCAAGCGAAUCGACGGAGACCCAUCCAGUUCUGGUUUUGAGACCGUUUUCCUAGCUGAACAGUUCGAUAACGAUAUCCUUGGAUUACACAAUUGGAUCUACUACGCCAAACAGGAAGCUGCGAAGAAGCUCAACUAUCUUGGAUACAUGAAAGAGACCAAGCUGGGCGACAAAGGUGCGAUCAUCAAGCUGCGCUCAAGCCUGAACGGAAUAGUGCAACCGGUCAGCACAUUAUUUGUCGGCACAUCACCCGAAUUAGAAUUUGCUCUGUACACGAUGUGCUUCUUCGCUCGGCCGAACAGCCCCUGUCCAGUUUCACUCGGAGGAACGGAUUUCACGAUCUAUGUGAGCAGAAUCAACUACUUUGGGAAAGACAUUUUGAUUUCCGCAUACCCCGACGUUUAAUUCAGUCAAUCAAAAUUGAAAUGUAUGCAUUAAUUAAGUAGACUUAGUUACUUUUUAGAUCGAAUACGUACGGAAUUGUAGUUUCUGUAUAACAGUGUGCAUAUUAAUAGAUGCCUGCUAUCUUAUAAGGUGAAGAUAAUCUAGGUUUUUCUAUGUGAAUGUGUUUACGAGAAUUAUAUACCUGGGUGACGUUUCCGCUCCGUUUUUCUUACUCUGGCAGCUCUAGUACAAGCACUAUGGAUGGUCUCCAGUGAGCGCAUCGCGUGGUUAUCUUUUUCUUGUAGUAGCGUCGAGAGCCACUUGCAUUGUUGUAGUGUCAGUGGAUCUCUAAAUUUGAUGGCUCCUAAAAUACUCUGAACAUUAGAUGAUAGUAAAUACUGCGAUGCAUUCGAACGAAUGAGAUUAUUCUUGUAUCGAUGUUUACUACUAAAAAAUAUACUUUAAGAAUUUCCAUUUUAAA